ACAAAAUCCCAUUUCUCUUCUCCUCAGCGUUUCUCACUCCACUUGCAGCGAAGAACAAUGGGGCUUGGCCUUCGAGCCAUUCAGCGCUCAAAGACCUUAUUCUCUUCUCGCCUUUUUCCACCUCCGUUUUCGAAUUCUAGGGUUUCUCCUUUACCCAAUUCUAGGGUUUUUUCCCUAGAAAAUGUACAGUCCGCCUCCAUCAACGCUCCCCUUAGGUGCUUCCAUUCUAGGGCAUCGCUUCAAAAUCCAGAGGCUUCCGCAGCUGCUGUUUCAGAGGAAAUCCCUAGGCCUCGGACCCCUGUGGGUGGAGCUAGGGUUGAGUUUACAAGCCCUGAAGAUGCGAUUGAGGUUACGGUUGAUGGAUUUCAGGUGAAGAUCCCAAAGGGGUUUACGGUUUUACAGGCUUGUGAGGUUGCAGGGGUUGAUAUACCAAGGUUUUGUUACCAUAGCAGGCUCUCUAUUGCAGGGAAUUGCAGGAUGUGCUUGGUCGAGGUGGAGAAAUCACCAAAGCCUGUGGCUUCUUGUGCCAUGCCUGCUCUUCCGGGGAUGAAGAUUAAGACAAAUACACCUGUUGCGAAGAAGGCCAGGGAAGGUGUCAUGGAAUUUCUCCUAAUGAAUCACCCUCUCGACUGCCCAAUUUGCGAUCAAGGUGGGGAGUGUGACCUGCAGGAUCAGUCUAUGGCUUUCGGAUCUGAUCGUGGUCGCUUCAUAGACACAAAGAGAUCAGUGGUUGAUAAGAAUCUUGGUCCCUUGGUUAAGACUGUAAUGACACGAUGUAUUCAAUGUACCAGGUGUGUCAGGUUUGCGUCGGAGGUUGCUGGAGUUCAGGACCUUGGCAUGUUAGGUCGGGGAAGUGGAGAGGAAAUUGGUACAUAUGUAGAAAAUCUUAUGACAAGCGAACUAUCUGGAAAUGUGAUAGAUAUUUGUCCUGUUGGGGCCCUCACUUCCAAACCAUUUGCCUUUAAAGCACGUAACUGGGAGAUGAAGGGUACUGAGAGUAUCGAUGUUACAGAUGCAGUUGGUUCAAACAUAAGAAUUGAUAGUAGAGGCCCAGAAGUCAUGCGUAUCCUUCCUAGGCUGAAUGAGGAUGUCAAUGAGGAAUGGAUUUCUGACAAAACUCGUUUUUGUUAUGAUGGCCUUAAGCGACAACGUCUAAAUGAUCCUAUGAUUCGUGGGCCUGACGGACGUUUCAAGCCUGUAACAUGGCGUGAUACCCUUGCCAUUGUGGCGGAGGUUAUUCAUCAAGUGAAUCCCGAGGAAAUAGUUGGAAUUGCUGGCCUGCUUUCUGAUGCUGAAUCUAUGAUGGCCAUGAAAGAUCUCUUGAACAAGUUAGGCUCCGAUAACAUAUGGUGUGAAGGAGAUGGAUUGCAUCCUCAAGCUGACCUCCGCUCAGGUUACCUUUUGAACACCAGUAUUGCUGGUCUUGAGAAGGCAGAUGCGAUCCUUUUAGUUGGUACCCAGCCAAGAUUUGAAGCCCCAAUGGUGAACGCGAGGAUCCGGAAGGCCGUGCGUUCCUCCCAGGCCAAGGUUGGCUACAUUGGGCCUCCCACUGACUUCAACUAUGACAUCAACCACCUUGGCACGGGCCCCUCCACCCUCCUCCGUAUAGCAGAGGGCCGCCACCCCUUCUGUGGGACCCUCCUCUCCGCAAAGCGCCCUGCCCUCAUUGCCGGCGCUGGCCUUUUUGACCGAAACGACCAAAAUGCCCUCCUCUCUGCCCUCCACACCAUCCGAGACCUCGGCCGGCUCGUCAAGCCUGAGUGGAACGGCUUCAACCUCCUCCUUCUCAAUGCUGCUCAAGCUGCUGGCCUUGACCUUGGCUUGAUACCAAGGCCUAACUCUAUACACAACCUCUCCUCUGCAAAGCUGGUGUAUCUAUUGGGAGCCGAUGACUCGAAGCUUUUGGACAAAAUCCCUAACGAUGCAUUUGUUGUGUACCAAGGUCACCACGGUGAUAAAAGCGUGUACAGGGCAAAUGUUAUCUUCCCUUCUGCUGCUUUCUCUGAAAAGGAGGGAACAUAUGAGAACACUGAGGGGCGGGCCCAACGCACGGCCCCAGCUGUCCCGACUGUAGGGGAUGCGAGAGAUGAUUGGAAGAUCUUGAGGGCAUUAUCUGAGGUUGCAGGUGUGAGAUUACCCUAUGAUUCGGCUUUGGCUCUUAGGGCAAGGAUUAGGGGGGUGGCGCCGGGGCUCUUAAGGGUGGAUGAGAGGGAGGAGGCCUCUGUUAUUUCGGGUGCGUUUUCGCCAGACUUUUGUCGGAAAUUGGGGUCAGAGGAUUUCGGAAAGGCGGUUGAGAACUUCUAUAUGACAGAUUCAAUCACGAGGGCUUCAAAGAUAAUGGCUCAGUGUAGCUCAACGCUCUUGAAACAAAAGUGAGGGGAAAGAGGGUGAUGCCAGAAAUAAAUGCAUUUGUUUCAUGAAUCGGUUGUUUUUUAUUUUUGACAACUUGGUAAUUAUUGAAGGGUGGUAAUUAUUGAAGGGGGAAACAGAAAAAAGAUUGGGAUUGGAAGUGUUUAAUGGGCUGAGGGGUGAUGCUGUGCGUUGUUGGUGCGCUGCCUUUUGUUCAAGCCUUGUAAUAUCGAGGUGAGUCUCUUGCGCUUUGUUUUGUUUACUAUGGUGGAGUCUGAAUCAUCGAGCUCGUUUCAUACUGGUGUUUAGAGCCUAAUCGGAGAUUUUUUUGUACAUAUAAUAAUAAUCCGACUUUGCUGUGGACUUAUCGAA